AUGGCCGACCUCCGCUCCCCCUCCGACGACAACCUACCCUCCACCAACGAAGAGCAGCGCGAUAGGACGAGCAGCAUGUCGCUUGGAAACACAGAAACCUCACAGAAUGGCGCACCCGGCCCCGCGAACGGCGCCGUCUCCGCCGCUGCCGACACGAAAUCCGCCCCCAACCCGGAAAUCUCGCGCCAGGUGCAAGAAGUCCUCUCCUCCGACAUUGGCGUCUCGACCAUGUUGAAUCAGCUCAAGGCCAGCAUCGCCUCCGCGAAGGAAUUCGCCCUCUUCCUCAAGAAGCGAUCCCACAUCGAAGAAACCCACGCGUCAGCCCUCAAGAAGCUGUCGCGCAUGAGCCAGGAGACCAUGCACCAGCCCGAACACAAGCAGGGCACUUUCGCCCAGGCCUACACCGAGAUGAUGUAUAUCCACGAGCGCAUGGCCGAGAACGGCGUUCAGUUUGCCGUAUCACUACACCAGAUGCACGACGACCUGAUCGAGAUGGCCGCCAUGGCCGAGCGCAGCAGAAAAGGGUGGAAGGCCAACGGCUUGGCUGCCGAGCACCGCGUGGCAGAGCUGGAGGCUGCCAUGCGCAAGUCAAAGGCCAAGUACGACGGUCUCGCCGAGGAGUACGACCGCGCGCGAACCGGUGAUACGAGCAGGAACAGCGGCAAGAUGUUCAGCUUGAAGGCCAAGUCUGGGCCUCAGCACGAGGAGGACCUUUUGCGCAAAGCACAAGCUGCCGACCAAGACUACCAGACCAAGGUCCAGACGUUGCAGAGUGAGAAGGCGGAAUUGAUCGCGAGAACGAGACCGGAGGCCAUUGCUGCCCUCCAAGACUUGGUCAGGGACACAGACGCCGGCUUGGCUCUUCAAAUGCAGAAAUUCGCGUCCUUCAGCGAAAAGCUCCUUUUGAGUAACGGCCUUAGUAUUAGCCCGAUCAAAGGACCAGGUUCCGGAGGAGGACCCCGAAGUCUCCGCGAGGCCGUUAUGGCUAUCAACAACGAGAAGGACCUGCACGAAGUUCUCCUGACCCACCACUCGAAGCUGCCACCGAACAGCGAGAUCAAGUACGAGAAGAACCCCAUUUUGGCAACACCUCGCAAUCCAAACAUGGGCCACCAACCAAACUCCUCGGUGUCGAACGUCCCCCCAGUGAAGCCGGGAGGUCAAUUUGCAGGACCUCCAGCCGGACAGACCCAGGAGAUGCCGCCUCCUCCUAGGCCGAAUAACUUCCAACCGCCUCCUGCCGAGCCUGCGUCGAGCUUUGCACCACCCAGCAUGCCGGCUUCUCAACAACAGCGUCCCUCGUCUCAGCAGCAGUCUGCGCCCCAGCCUCAACAGCAUGGCCGCAGCUUCAGCACCAGCAACAUGCUGAACCAGCAGCCUAGCCAACAGCAACAGUUCCAGGCCAACCGCAACUCGGGCGUUCUGCAGUCUAGAUACAAUGGCGGCGGUAGCACCAUCGCCUCUCAAGGCCCGCCGCAACUCGGAGCCCUGCCGUUCCAGACCUCCUCGCAGAGCCAGUCGCCUCCUCCUCAGCCGCAACAGACGCCGCCACCUCAGAGUCAGUACCCGGGCCAGCAGCCUCCUCCUCAACAGCGUCAGCAGGGCAAUCCCUUGCAAUCGCAUCCCGCCCAAGGACUGCCACCCGCACAGGGACCCUACCAGGCGUACAACAGACAAUCUCCUCCCCUUGCCUCCGGUCCUUCCGCUCCGGCGCCCACUGCCGCGAGGCCCGUCUUCGGACUCAGCUUGCCGCUUCUAUACGAGCGUGAUGGUCUGCCCGUACCUAUGGUCGUUUAUCAGUGUAUUCAGGCAGUGGACCUCUACGGACUUGGCGUGGAGGGCAUCUACCGCCAGUCUGGCUCGUUGGCGCACAUUAACAAACUGAAGACCAUGUUCGACACCGACUCGAGCAACCCUGCACUUGAUUUCAGGAAUCCGGAGAACUUUUACCACGACGUCAACAGUGUUACUGGCCUGUUGAAGCAGUUCUGCCGCGAUCUACCCAACCCGCUGCUCACCACGGAGCACCACAGCGAGUUGAUCGAGGCAGCUAAACACGAUGACGACAUUGUCCGUCGCGACUCUCUUCACGCCAUCAUCAACAGCCUCCCCGAUCCCAACUAUGCCACUCUGCGGUCCCUCACCCUCCACCUCCACCGCGUCAUGGAGAACUCGCACAUCAACCGCAUGAACUCUCACAACCUCGCCGUCAUCUUCGGUCCCACCGUCAUGGGCACUGAUCCAAGCACUAGCAUUGCCGAUGCGGGCUGGCAAAUCAAGGUUGUAGACACGAUCCUGCAAAACUGCUACGAGAUUUUUGACGACGAGUAA